CUGGUGGCCGUUCCAGAGCUGUGCCAGUGCAGAGACCUGGAGCUAGACUGUGACGGCGCCCAGUUUCACCAUGUCCCAGCGGUGUCCGUUAACGUCACCAUGAUGUGAGUUGCCACACACACACAAACACACACAUUUGCAUCUGACUGGAAGUGUGCAGAUACUUCUAUGAAUUAGAAGAGAAGGAUUCAAAGAAAGUGUCUCUUGCAGUUAUCCAAGCGUUUCUCGCACUUAGCUAAUGAGUGUCUCGAUGGAAGUUUGUUUGUGAAGGUUGGUUUAAGUCUUAGGGCUGUUCUCUCCUGUAAUGGAACAUUAUUUUUCUGAAUUGGAAGAGUAAAACGAGACAUUAACUUCUUUACUGAAGCCUAAUGUAAUGUGAGAAAAACUGAAAACAAGGAAAUCAUUAUGACAGAAGUAAUUUAUCAAAGGAGGAUAUAUUAUAUACAUUAUCAUUUCAAUCCAUACAUUAUGCAAAAGAAUGACUGCAAUGACUAUAAAUUAUCACAUAGAGCUCGCCCUUACUUGGUCUCACAAUUGUGUGUGUCUGCCUGUCAUAUUGUCCCCACAUUGUUUAGAUAAUGGCACAUUGGGGCCCUAUAUUUCUCAUCUGUCCCCAUCCAGUUCCACUUCACUAUUCAUUUGCUCGAUGGGUAAACCUCGAAAGCCCAAUUGCAUAUCAUUGCCGCCUCCUCCUUCUCAAAUUGGCUCGUCUUUCAUCAAGGUCCUGUAGACUGCUGCGGCAUGCUCCGCAUUAUUCACUUUCAAUUAAAAUCCUUUCUUCGCUAAUUUAAAGCUUAUCUCCAAAACCUCGGGUAAACGUGGUCACCGUGCUAAUCGAGGUGGAAUGAGUUUAGAUAAUGAUUAAAAUGGCAAAAUUAUGCAUGAUCUCUGUCACACUAUAAAGAAAGAUGCUCCUUCUGUUUGGAAUAAUGAUAUGCUCUAUCACCAAUUCCAUUUCAAAUGUAAUUGGAAGAUUGUUUGUAUUCGGGACAAUGUGUGGUCACAUAGAAAUGUGAUUAGUUCCAACCUCAAACAGACAAUGGGCCGAGAACCUAGUAAUUAAAAUGAAUAAAAGGUUUUGGCCUUUUUUAAUUCACACAGUAUUGUUUGGUGGCACAAUGUUGUGUUUAUGAUGGUUUUUUUAACCUGGUUGACCUUAUGAACUAUUCACAUCCCAUAGGUCCCUGCAAAGGAACCGACUCCGGAUAUUGAACGGCGACAUAUUCUAUAAGUACCAGAGUCUUCAGAAACUGUAAGUUGUCGUUGAAUUAUUUAUUGCGUUUUAAAAAUGACUUCAGGCGAGAGAAGUCACUUGAUUAAGUUGUAGUCAGCAAGUAAAGCAUUUUGUCAUUCAGAAAAUAUUUUUGAUAGCACUUCAAAAACACUUUCUGAUAGACUAACCACUCAAGGCCACUUUGAUAGCCGCGGACAAAAUUCAAAGCAUUUUCCGUCCCCUUUUGAUGCUUGUGAUGGCCAAAACAAGCUUACAUUGGCUGUUUUUAACAUUAAUUCAGCAAGACUUACCUUUAGAUGAUGGUGUGAGGAAAAUAGACUUUCACAAUUGUUCAGCACAUCAUUCAGUCCAUCUUGUUGUGCCAUCACAUUCGAGGCCGGAUUACCGUAUUAUACUUUUUUGUUGUUGGGGGCCCCCGGAGGUCAGGGCCCCCCCCAGAUAGCAUAUGAACACAUCAUAAGCAAUGGCAAAACAUGUAGAAUUGCAGGGAGUUCGCUUUAAAACUGCCACAUUUUCUCUCAGGCUCAUGGCAAAAUGUAUCAAGUCGUUCAAACAUUAUAGGCCCCAUUUGUUAUGCAUCUUGUCAGACCAUGUAAUGGUUGCUGCAGCCAUUCAUUCACUGAUUUCAUCAUUGAUAUGAUUAUUCAUUGAAAAGUUAUUUGAUAUAAAGCAGGGCUGCUUUUGAAUGCCAGAGAAUGUAAGUGGGCGAGCGUGGAGCAAGGAGCAGAGCUUAAUACGAGCAGAUUUUUAAAAUGGUGUCGGCCUUCUCUCCCGCUCCAAUUUCGCUCUGGUACUGCUCAGCCACAAGCUCGGGGCAUGCUCUGCCUAGCAUUUUUCAUUUCCUUUAUCACUAUUCUUUUAAUUAGGCCUAUUCGGUUGUAAUUGUUUAGCCUGCCCACCCACAGUAGCCUAUAUCUAGAUUAUAUUUGACUUUCUAACAUUAGGAUAUGUUGUUUAUUUUGAAGGACUUCAAAUGUAUUAACGGAUGUUUUAGGUAGGCAAUACAUAGGCUACUGUAAAAUGUAUUUUGGUUUAUCUUGGAAUAGAAACAUCAUAAUAUAAAUCUAUUUAAUGAAGUUAAAAUAUCAGAACAAAACCGUUAAUAAUAAAGGCCAGUAUCAGCUUCAUUUCAUAAAUAAAAGAGAAUAAAUAAUCUCAAACUGCAGCGGUCAAGUGAUUUGUGCACAGAAGCAAGCACCAACAAGCUUCACGUGCAUUGAGCGUGGGAAAUGCGCUCUACAAAUUAAAUAUUAUUAUUAUUAUUAUUAUUAUAAUUAUUAUAAUAAUAAAGGCAAAAAAUACACGUAAAAGCUAAAUUACAUUAAGGAAUAUAAGUGGUAUUAUAGCCAAAAUAUAAACAAGAGAAAGGAGAAUGGAAUAUAUUUAAAAAGCCUAAAAUUGAAAAAUGCAUUGAAAUGAAGCCGCCCCAUGUGAGGAUGCUAUUUCUCAAAAAUCUAUUUCAUUUAAGUAGGGACUGGCACAGAGUCCAGUAGGACAGUGUCACAAGGCUACAUACCCUGGAGGAAUACCAGCCGUCCUGAUUGUGAGCUAGAUUGUGUGGAAUCAAUGUUGGAGUAAGUGAUACUGGGAAGCGAGCACACUACAUUACAUUUACUUUUGUCAUUUGCGACGCUCUUAUCAGAGCGACUACGUGGAUACAUAUUUUUUUUUUAUACUGGCCCGUGGGAAUGAACAAACCUGGCGUGAACGCCAUGCAUAUCAUGAGCUAACCUGCCGCUCCCUCCCUACCCUGGACGACGCGCCAAUGGCACGCCCAUGAUUGGUCGCGGCGGCGCGACAGAGCCUGGAUUCGAACCGGAUCUCUCAGCACAGUAGACUGGAUGCAGUGCUUAGACCACACUGCGCACUCAGGAGUACACUUACCGCUAAGACUAGUUAUCUCACACACUCUGGCAGAGAAGAAGCCUAUGUGAGCGCUUUAAUAGUAGCCUAAACGUACAGUUAAAGGAUCCAUCACUAAUAAAUGAAUGAACUUCAGAGAUAAUAGGCUGGUUUAUGCUGCGAACAACAUGCUUUUAUUAGCCUACCAGAAUCACCUACAAAAAGAGGUUUGUGAUAGGCCUUCAAUUGAAAGGUUUUACCAUAACAGGAAAAAGUACAUUUAAAUCACUGAACUAAAAUGAAGAGAUAGUAAACUUUCAUGAUGACACUGGUGGUCCUCAGUAGCUCAAUUGGUAGAGCAUGGCGCUUGUAACGCCAGGGUAGUGGGUUCGAUCCCCGGGACCACCCAUAUGUAAAGAUUUAUGCACACAUGACUGUAAGUCGCUUUGGAUAAAAGGCAAAAAAAUAGCAUAUUAUUAUUAUAUUAUUACUUGGUUUAAUCUUUGAAGUGUUGGCUAACGGUUUACUGAAACAUAAGUAAGCUAUACGAUUUUCAAUCGCACCGAUGAUAACAACCUAUUAAUUUGAUGAUAAGGCAAAGAAAAAGUAUUGAUUUGAAAGCAUCCUUGAGAUGGACUGCUUGAGAGGGAGAACCGUGCAUGGAUAGAUUUGGCAGACGGGUUGCGAAAUAAAUCCUUGCAUUGCAGGGAUCAACUUGCUGUGGCAGUUUUAUAGCCUCAUGCAUUAGUAGCAGUAAUAAUAAUAAUAAUAAUAAUAAUACAUUGAUUACUACCUUUCUAUUCUGCGCAGGCUGACGCAGACCGAUUAAGCUAUUUCAAACACUUCAAGCUACCAGGAGUCAAAAGCCACCUACUGGGCAAAAAAUGUCUGAGGUCUGAUUAUUUGGACAAUAAUGUUGUGUGGAGUCGUUUUUAUUAGCGGGAAGAAGUUAAACUAAUGUCUAAUUGUGGGGUCUUUGGUAAACAAAAGUGUCACAAUACAUAGGGGCAUAUUUAUCAGUCAGGGCAUUUGAAGCCGAGCAGUGAUCUUCAUGCCUUCUGCCAAACCUGGUCUGAUAUCGCAAAGAAGAUUUGUCCCUUUGGGGAUUUAGAUAAGUACAGUGAGGGAAAAAAUUAUUUGAUCCCCUGCUGAUUUUGUACGUUUGCCCACUGACAAAGACAUGAUCAGUCUAUACAUUUGAAUGGUAGGUUUAUUUGAACAGUGAGAGACAGAAUAACAACAAAAAAAUCCAGAAAAAUGCAUGUCAAAAAUGUUAUAAAUUGAUUUGCAAUAUGAAUGAGGGAAAUAAGUAUUUGACCCCUCUGCAUGACUUAGUACUUGGUGGCAAAACCCUUGUUGGCAAUCACAGAGGUCAGACAUUUCUUGUAGUUGGCCACCAGGAGGGAUUUUGUCCCACUCCUCUUUGCAGAUCUUCUCCAAGUCAUUAAGGUUUCGAGGCUGACGUUUGACAACUCGAACCUUCAGCUCCCUCCACAGAUUUUCUAUGGGAUUAUGGUCUGGUGACUGGCUAGGCCACUCCAGGACCUUAAUGUGCUUCUUCUUGAGCCACUCCUUUGUUGCCUUGGCCGUGUGUUUUGGGUCAUUGUCAUGCUGGAAUACCCAUCCACGACCCAUUUUCAAUGCCCUGGCUGAGGGAAGGUGGUUCUCACCCAAGAUUUGACGGUACAUGGCCCCGUCCAUCGUCCCUUUGAUGCGGUGAAGUUGUCCUGUCCCCUUAGCAGAAAAACACCCCCAAAGCAUAAUGUUUCCACCUCCAUGUUUGACAGUAGGGAUGGUGUUCUUGGGGUCAUAGGCAGCAUUCCUCCUCCUCCAAACACGGCGAGUUGAGUUGAUGGCAAAGAGCUUGAUUUUGGUCUCAUCUGACCACAACACUUUCACCCAGUUCUCUUCUGAAUCAUUCAGAUGUUCAUUGGCAAACUUCAGACGGACCUGUAUAUGUGCUUUCUUGAGCAGGUGGACCUUGCGGGCGCUGCAGGAUUUCAGUCCUUCACGGCGUGUGUUACCAAUUGUUUUCUUGGUGACUAUGGUCCCAGCUGCCUUGAGAUCAUUGACAAGAUCCUCCCGUGUAGUUCUGGGCUGAUUCCUCACCGUUCUCACAAUCAUUGCAACUCCACGAGGUGAGAUCUUGCAUGGAGCCCCAGGCUGAGGGAGAUUGACAGUUCUUUUGCUUGUUUCUUCCAUUUGCGAAUAAUCGCACCAACUGUUGUCACCUUCUCACCAAUCUGCUUGGCGAUGGUCUUGUAGCCCAUUUCAGCCUUGUGUAGGUCUACAAUCUUGUCCCUGACAUACUUGGAGAGCUCUUUGGUCUUGGCCAUGGUGGAGAGUUUGGAAUCUGAUUGAUUGAUUGCUUCUGUGGACAGGUGUCUUUUAUACAGGUAACAAACUGAGAUUAGGAGCACUCCCUUUAAGAGUGUGCUCCUAAUCUCAGCUCAUCAACUGUAUAAAAGACACCUGGGAGCCAGAAAUCUUUCUGAUUGAGAGGGGGUCAAAUACUUAUUUCCCUCAUUAAAAUGCAAAUCAAUUUAUAACAUUUUUGACAUGCGUUUAUCUGGAUUUUUUUGAUGUUAUUCUGUCUCUCACUGUUCAAAUAAACCUACCAUUAAAAUUAUAGACUGAUCAUGUCUUUGUCAGUGGACAAACGUACAAAAUCAGCAGGGGAUCAAAUACUUUUUUCCCUUAUUUUAGGGACUGCAGAUUACCAGCGUGGAUUUCAUAUUAUGCACCAAUAAUCUGUGUUCUCUUUCGGUGAUAUCACCAUUGGAUAUGUCUAUACGCACCAGUCUGUAGUACGUAUCCACAGCUUGGUCAAUAGGCCCAGGUGGAUUGAACGUAGAUGGAGACCUAAAAACACUUUUAUUGGAGACAAAGGGGUUGCAAUCUCUAAAGAACAGUUUCAGAUGCAAUGUGCGUAUGAAUUAGUAGUCGAAGAGCGUUGCAGUUGUGCGUCCUGAUAUUCAGGCUGUAUAAUCCUAUAUGUAUUAUUUUGUAUAUACAGUGCCUUCGGAAAGUAUUCAGACCCCUUGACUUUUUCCACAUUUUGUUACAGCCUUAUUCUAAAAUGGAUUAAAUAAAACAAAUUCCUCAGCAAUCUACACACAAUACACCAUAAUGACAAAGCGAACACAGGUUUUUUAGAAAUACCUUAUUUACAUAAGUAUUCAGACCCUUUGCUAUGAGACUCGAAAUUGAGCUCAGGUGCAUCCUGUUUCCAUUGAUCAUACUUGAGAUGUUUCUACAACUUGAUUGGAGUCUAUCUGUGGUAAAUUCAUUUGAUUGGACAUGAUUUGGAAAGGCACACACCUGUCUAUAUAAGGUCCCACAGUUGACAGUGCAUGUCAGAGCAAAAACCAAGCCAUGAGGUCGAAGGAAUUGUCCAUAGAGCUCCGAGACAGGAUUGUGUCGAGGCACAGAUCUGGGGAAGGGAACGAAAACGUUUCUGCAGCAUUGAAGGUCACCAAGAACACAGUGGCCUCCAUCAUUCUUAAAUGGAAGAAGUUUGGAACCACCAAGACUCUUCCUAGAGCUGGCCACCUGGCCAAAUUUAGCAAUCGGGGGAGAAGGGCCUUGGUCAGGGAGGUGACCAAGAACCCGAUGGUCACUCUGACAGAGCUCUAGAGUUCCUCUGUGGAGAUGGGAGAACCUUCCAGAAGGACAACCAUCUCUGCAGAACUCCACCAAUCAGGCCUUUAUGGUAGAGUGGCCAGACGGAAGUCGCUCCUCAGUAAAAGGCACAUGACAGCCCGCUUGGAGUUUGCCAAAAGGCACCUAAAGGACUCUCAGACCACGCGAAACAAGAUUCUCUGGUCUGAUGAAACCAAGAUUGAACUGAUUGACAAGAGUCACGUCUGGAGUAAACCUGGCACCAUCCCUACGGUGAAGCAUGGUGGUGGCAGCAUCAUGCUGUGGGGAUGUUUUUCAGCAGCAGGGACUGGGAGACUAGUCAGGAUCGAGGCAAAGAUGAACGGAGCAAAGUACAGAGAGACCCUUAAUGAAAACCUGCUCCAGAGCACUCAGGACCUCCGACUGGGGGCGAAGGUUCACCUUCCAACAGGACACGACCCUAAGCACACAGCCAAGACAACACAGGAGUGGCUUCGGGACAAGUCUCUAAAUGUCCUUGAGGGGCCCAGCCAGAACCCGGACUUGAACCCGAUAGAACAUCUCUGGAGAGACCUGAAAAUAGCUGUGCAGCAACGCUCCCCAUCCAACCUGACAGAGCUUGACAGGAUCUGCAAAGAAGAAUGGGAGAAACACCCCAAAUACAGGUGUGCCAAGGUUGUAGCGUCAUACCCAAGAAGACUUGAGGUUGUAAUCCUAGCCAAAGGUGCUUCAACAAAGUACUGAGUAAAAGGUCUGAAUACUUAUGUAAAUGUGAUAUUUCAGUUUUUUAUUUGUAAUACAUUAGCAACAAUUUCAUUAUGAGGUGUUGUGUGUAUAUUGAUGAGGGGAAAAAAACAAUUUAAUCAAUUUUAGAAUAAGGCUGUAACCUAACAAAAUGUGGAAAAAGUGAAAAGGUCUGAAUACUUUCCGAAGGCACUGCAUUUUCUGUAAAUAGUUCACUCAAGUUUAUUGCACCAUACUGGCCGCCUACUUGGUUUCUUUGUCGAAUAUAUAUAUAUAUAUAUAUAUAUAUAUAUAUUUUAGCACAAUAGACACUACGAAAUCUCUGUAUUUUUGAUUUUUAUAGAAUCCACACACAGGGGAGGCUUAAUCUCAGUGUAUUUUAAAGAGAAGGUCGACACAAUUUGUUUUAUCUGCUCGAAUUACACUGUGCUCCUCGCUCCACACUCGCCCACUUACAUGCUCUGGCAUUCAAAAGCAGCUAGUGGCAGAACAAUACCAGUAUCGCAAUACUCAGUGUCAUGGCAAGGAAACAAAACACGAGGCGGAUUUAACUUCUUCAGGAAAACAGCCCUAAUGUUGGAAACAAACAUCAUUAUGUUGACAUCCAGAGUCACAUGUAUUUAUUUUCCAUGCUAUAGCACACAAUAUUUGACAUACAGCAGGUUUUUAAAGGACCAAAGUGUUUGGUCUGCUUCGUGUUUACAUUUUUGCUUUAAAAAAAAAAACGUCCUGGCCCUAAAAGCAGCCCUGCUUUAGGCUGACAAAGAACUGGCAAUGAAUAAUCAUAUCAAUGGAAGGAAUCAGUGAAUGAAUGGCUGCAGCAACCAUUAUAUGGUCUGACAAGCUGCAUUACAAAUGAGGCCUAAUUAGACAAAAUAACAAUUAAGUCGUUCAAACGAGACACUAAUUCGGACUCUGGAUAAGAGCGUCUGCUAAAUGACUUAAAUGUUAAAUUUCAUGCUCUUCUUCACAUUUUGCCAUGAGGAUGAGAGGACAUAUUGCAGUUCAUUUCCUGCUAUUCUACACGUUUUGUACAAAAUGCCCUGAAGCGCAAGGCAAAAAAUAUAUAAUAGACUAUUGGAAUUAUCUGGUUUGAACGACUUAGUAUCUCGUUUGAACGACUUCGUAAAAAAAAAAAAAAAAAGAGUAAAUUUGAAUGAGAUACUAAGUCGUAGAAGGAUUACUGUUAUACUAUUCCAGGUAUUCCUUAAAGAGGUAGGGUUUCAAGUGUCUCCGGAAGGUGGUCAGUGACUACGCUGUCCUGGAGUCACUGACCACCUUCCAGAGACACUUGAAACCCUACCUCUUUAAAGAAUACCUGGAAUAGUAUAACAGUAAUCCUUCUACCCCCCCUCCCCCACCCCCACCAUUAAAAAAAAUAAUAAUAAUAAAUAAAUAAAAAAUAGGGUAAGCUAUAAAACAGCACAGGAGGGGGUGCCUCUGGAGGUAGGUGCCCCGUGGCCCCAAAUGCAGUAGUCUGGAUCACAUUGGCCUUGAAACAUAUUGGCAGCAUGGAAGUAGUAGCAUGAUGAGGAGACUAAAAACAUGCCUCAUUGACUGCCAAUAACUAUCUAUAGAAUAAAGUCAGCUAUGCAGUAUUGUUUGGGUAAUUUUCUUCUUCUAAAAAAACUGUUAUCAAACCACAUACCAUAAAAGUAUGUACCAAUUGGUAUUUUUAUUUUGUUGUUCUACAGGGACCCGUUUAUAUUUAGGUAUUUAAUGUAUACAUGUGAGGCUUCUAUACUUGUUGUAACUCAUUUUUCACUUGUUUGUCAUCGUGACAAUUGUUCUCCUCAACACACAAAUGAAUAUAAGACUAUGGCCGUGUCCGAAUACCUGUCCUUGCAUUCUUAAUAGUAGGCUUUAAAUGCCAGGAUGUCAUACUCAUUUCGGCUUUUCAUCAAGUAGAAGUCGAUGCACACUAUUGAGAAUUGUCAUUUCACACUCACGUAUUUUGACAACAGCGGAUAAUCAAAAUAGGGGUGCUUUACAAAAAUAUACAAAUGGCAGGGAACAAGCGCUAUUGUGCAUUAGAAGCGCAAUUGCACAUACUUCUCAGUAUGGAUUGUUGAUAUUUGUUGCUUACUGCAUACGUUUUUGCUAAACAAAGCGUUUUAAAUAGUAUGUAGUACUAUUAGUAUUUAGUAAGUAGUACAUAUUUUGGACACAGCCAAUGUUAUUUUAAACAAUAUAUUUUUUAACAUACUUCUAACGUACUACUUUUCAGAUAUUUACAACAUAACAGAAUUCGAGCUGUGAGCCCUAACGCAUUCAGAGGACUAUACAAUCUAACAAGACUGUAAGUUCAUUAUAUUCAUCCAUCCAUCCGUGCACUUGACCGUGUUAUGUUGGACUUUAUAAUGAAUUUUGUUGAUUUAAGUUUUCCUUAUCAAAGUUGCUUAUGUUUGAAAUAAAGGGUAAAUAAUUCCUAUGAAUUGUAUCAGUGAACUGUGCAUAUUUCAAAUUAGUAUUUUCUGCCCCAGAUAUUUAAGCUACAACAAGAUAUCCAUCCUGAUGCCCGGGGUGUUCCAAGAUCUACACAAACUGGAGUGGUUGUAGGUUUCCCUAACUGGCACAUUCUGUAUAUCCUGUUUGCAAGACAUACUGCUAACAAAUGCGUACAAAGACUACAUUUUUAGACAGCCUUCAGAACUCUCGCAUAAAGCUUGUGUCGCUGCAGUUUCCUUUAAACCAAUGUUCAACCAAAUACUUAAUUUAUUAAGUGAGCUGAAAAUAAACUCUACCCUUUGGUUGUAGGAUCCUUGAAAACAACAGUAUCCAUGAGAUAUCCCCCAUGACCUUUUCAGGCUUGCGUUCCUUGGUACUCCUGUGAGUUUCAUUUCUACCCUUACCUUCUUGAGUUGGGCUUUUGCUUUUUCCAUCUAAUAAGUUAUUUCAUACAUAGCAGUGGGAAGUAGGGGUGCUGAAGGGUGCUGCUUCACCCCCUGAAAAAAUAAAUAAAAAUAAAAUCAUUAUUAUUAUUUGUAUUUAUUUAAAAAAAUCAAAUAAAAAAAUCACUAAAGUAUUGCCUUUACUAGUGCUGUACAAAAAUUUUUUAAUAGAGACAAUCAGCCCAACCCCCCCCCCCCCCCCCCCCAGCUGGCAAAAUAAAAUAUUCCAGCACCAGCACCCCCACCCCCAAAACUACUUCCCGCGGCUAUGCUUUCAUAUGCACUUUAUUGAAGUGCCCCAGUAUUAUUAAGGGCCAAUGUGAUAUGCUAAAGCAUAUUGUCAGCGAGUGUUGUUUCUUUGAAUGGCACAAAAAUCUGACCUCUCUUGUUUUGAUGUUUUUGUUCGCAGGGUUUUGUUGAACAACGCUCUGACAAAGCUGGAUGACAUCUGCCUGGAAAUGCCAAGACUAAACUGGCUGUAAGUUUGGAAGUCAGCAAAUCAAAGAGCUUUGUUAUCGGCAUGAUAUGACUUUUAAAUAUGUUUUUGUGCACUUGUGUGUCUCCAGGGACAUGGAGGGAAAUCAAAUUGAAAGUGUCGGAAACGUAACAUUCUGGUCGUGCAACAUGAUGACUGUGCUGUAAGUGUGACUUAAUUAUUUUCAAUCUUUAGAAUAGAUUUUGUUUUCCCCAUUUUUGUUAUUGUGUCCUUGGCUAUAACCCAUUCAAAUGCCAAAUAUCUAUUUGUUUCCACAAGGGAUUCUAAAUAGUGGACCCCAAAACAACAAUCUUGUUUAAUUGCUUUUAGAACCAACAAAGAAGAUGAGGGGAAUAAAGUGAGAAAAUGUCUUUGUCUGUUUUAUAAUUCUUUCCUUAACUCUUUCUAGUGUCCUACAGAGUAACAGAAUCAGUCACAUACAUGAACAGGCGUUCUCAUUUCUACAGAAACUUGGGGAAUUGUAAGUUGUUAUGUUUUGUAUGCCUCAGAAAUACCCAGACACAGUGAUACUGCACAUCUUCACCUAUUCCACUGACUUUUUGAAGAAUUCAGAUAAUACCAUAUAAUCAGUUCAGACUGCACUAUAAAUAUACAACAUGUUCCCAGGCCAAGAAGAUGUUCAUUAUGAUUUAUAUUUCAUGAGUUUUGGUUAAUUCUAACAAUUAUUCUGACAUGCAUUUCCACUGGUUUCCGGAUUUGCAGAACAGGUGGUCAUGUAAGCCAUGUAAACCUUGUGUAAGUUUCAUAUAUGUAAUGGAUAAAUGUCUCCGUUCUGUACAUUACCUUGGAAAAAUGAACUCCACAAAGGGACUUGGCUCCGCCUCGUCCCGCUGCAUUGCCCAUUAUUUCCAAGGUAAUGUACAGAACGGAGGCGUUUAUACUGCUUAUACAACAGUUGCCAAAGAAAACAAUACUAAAGCACUCAUUUACCGGUAUAUAUAUAAUAAAAAAGUACAGUGGGGAGAACAAGUAUUUGAUACACUGCCGAUUUUGCAGGUUUUCCUACUUACAAAGCAUGUAGAGGUCUGUAAUUGUUAUCAUAGGUACACUUCAACUGUGAGAGACGGAAUCUAAAACAAAAAUCCAGAAAAUCACAUCAUAUGAUUUUUAAGUAAUUCAUUUGCAUUUUAUUGCAUGACAUAAGUAUUUGAUACAUCAGAAAAGCAGAACUUAAUAUUUGGUACAGAAACCUUUGUUUCAAAUACAGAGAUCAUACGUUUUCUGUAGGUCUUGACCAGGUUUGCACACACUGCAGCAGGGAUUUUGGCCCACUCCUCCAUACAGACCUUCUCCAGAUCCUUCAGGUUUCGGGGCUGUCGCUGGGCAAUACGGACUUUCAGCUCCCUCCAAAGAUGUUCUAUUGGGUUCAGGUCUGGAGACUGGCUAGGCCACUCCAGGACCUUGAGAUGCUUCUUACGGAGCCACUCCUUAGUUGCCCUGGCUGUGUGUUUCGGGUGGUUGUCAUGCUGGAAGACCCAGCCACGACCCAUCUUCAAUGCUCUUACUGAGGGAAGGAGGUUGUUGGCCAAGAUCUCGCGAUACAUGGCCCCAUCCAUCCUCCACUCAAUACGGUGCAGUCAUCCUGUCCCCUUUGCAGAAAAGCAUCCCCAAAGAAUGAUGUUUCCACCUCCAUGCUUCACGGUUGGGAUGGUGUUCUUGGGGUUGUACUCAUCCUUCUUCUUCCUCCAAACUCGGCGAGUGGAGUUUAGACCAAAAAGCUAUAUUUUUGUCUCAUCAGACCACAUGACCUUCUCCCAUUCCUCCUCUGGAUCAUCCAGAUGGUCAUUGGCAAACUUCAGACGGGCCUGGACAUGUGCUGGCUUGAGCAGGGGGACCUUGCGUGCCCUGCAGGAUUUUAAUCCAUGACGGCGUAGUGUGUUACUAAUGGUUUUCUUUGAGACUGUGGUCCCAGCUCUCUUCAGGUCAUUGACCAGGUCCUGCCAUAUAGUUCUGGGCUGAUCCCUCACCUUCCUCAUGAUCAUUGAUGCCCCACGAGGUGAGAUCUUGCAUGGAGCCCCAGACCGAGGGUGAUUGACCGUCAUCUUGAACUUCUUCCAUUUUCUAAUAAUUGCGCCAACAGUUGUUGCCUUCUCACCAAGCUGCUUGCCUAUUGUCCUGUAGCCCAUCCCAGCCUUGUGCAGGUCUACAAUUUUAUCCCUGAUGUCCUUACACAGCUCUCUGGUCUUGGCCAUUGUGGAGAGGUUGGAGUCUGUUUGAUUUUUGUUUUAGAUUCCGUCUCUCACAGUUGAAGUGUACCUAUGAUAAAAAUCCAGACCUCUACAUGCUUUGUAAGUAGGAAAACCUGCAAAAUCACUCCACAAAUUUCUUGUUAACAAACUAUAGUUUUGGCAAGUCGGUUAGGACAUAUACUUUGUGCAUGACACAAGUAAUCUUUCCAACAAUUGUUUACAGACAGAUUAUGUCACUUAUAAUUCACUGUAUCACAAUUCCAGUGGGUCAGAAGUUUACAUACACUAAGUUGACUGUGCCUUUAAACAGCUUGGAAAAUUCCAGAAAAUGAUGUCAAGUCUUUAGAAGCUUCUGAUAGGCUAAUUUACAUCAUUUGAGUCAAUUGGAGGUGUACCUGUGGAUGUAUUUCAAGGCCUACCUUCAAACACAGUGCCUCUUUGCUUGACAUCAUGGGAAAAUCAAAAGAAAUCAGCCAAGACCUCAGAAAAAUAAUUGUAGACCUCCACAAGUCUGGAUCAUCCUUGGGAGCAAUUCCAAACGCCUGAAGGUACCACUUUCAUCUGUACAAACAAUAGUAAGCAAGUAUAAACAUCAUGGGACCAUGCAGCCGUCAUACCGCUCAAGAAGGACACGCUUUCUGACCCCUAGAGAUGAAUGUACUUUGGUGCGAAAAGUGCAAAUCAAUCCCAGAACAACAGCAAAGGACCUUGUGAAGAUGCUGGAGGAAACAGGUACAAAAGUAUCUAUAUCCACAGUAAAACAAGUCCUAUGUUGACAUAACCUGAAAGGCUGCUCAGCAAGGAAGAAGCCACUGCUCCAAAACCACCAUAAAAAAGCCAGACUACGGUUUGCAACUGCACAUGGGGACAAAGAUCGUACUUUUUGGAGAAAUGUCCUCUGGUCUGAUUAAACAAAAAUAGAACUGUUCGGCCAUAAUGACCAUUGUAUGUUUGGAGAAAAAAGGGGGUAGCUUGCAAGCCGAAGAACACCAUCCCAACCAUGAAGCACGGGGGUGGCAGCAUCAUGCUGUGGGGGUGCUUUGCUGCUGGAGGGACUGGUGCACUUCACAAAAUAGAUGGCAUCAUGAGGAAGGAAAAUGAUGUGGAUAUAUUGAAGCAACAUCUCAAGACAUCAGUCAGGAAGUUAAAGCUUGGUCGCAAAUGGGUCUUCCAAAUAGACAAUGACCCCAAGCAUACUUCCAAAGUUGUGGCAAAAUGGCUUAAGGACAACAAAGUCAAGGUAUUGGAUUGGCCAUCACAAAGCCCUGACCUCAAUCCUAUACAAAAUCAGUGGGCAGAACUGAAAAAGCGUGUGCGAGCAAGGAGGCCUACAAACCUCACUCAGUUACACCUGCUCUGUCAGGAGGAAUGGGCCAAAAUUCACCCAAUUUAUUGUGGGAAGCUUGUGGAAGGCUACCCAAAACGUUUGACCCAAGUUAAACAAUUUAAAGGCAAUGCUACCAAAUACUAAUUGAGUGUGUGUAAACUUCUGACCCACUGGGAAUGUGAUGAAAUAAAUAAAAGCUGAAAUAAAUCAUUCUCUCUACUAUUAUUCUGACAUUUCACAUUCUUAAAAUAAAGUGGUGAUCCUAACUGACCUAAGACAGGACAUUUUUUCUAGGAUUAAAUGUCAGGAAUUGUGAAAAACUGAGUUUAAAUGUAUUUAGCUAAGGUGUAUGUAAACUUCCGACUUCAACUGUAUAUGUUCCGUUGCCAUGCUCGCUGGCAACGUUCUUAUCCCUUGCUUGCUAGCUCGCCAACUAGCUAUGGCUAACACAGUCACGACCCCUACAGCCAGAAUAACAGCAAACUAGCUGCAUAUGUGUUUGUUUAAGCUGUUUUCUAUUGACAUUCAUUUAGAUACAUCCAUAACAAUGAGCUGAUAAUGCCCAAUUUUGCGUGGCAUAGCUAGAAAGGUUUGCCUUCUCGUCAGGACACUCGACACUGUUCAUUACGAGGAGAUCGUACUGCAUAUCAAACACUAGGCUAGAAGCUAGCUAAAUAGUUUGUUGCUAGCUGCCAAUAUGACAACUGAAUAAAAAAAUAAAAGUUGCUGAAAACAGCUGGUCAAACUAGAAACGUGGGAGGAUUUGACAGCGUAACGCCACUUGCGUCAUGACUGCAACAGUAAGGACCAGAGAAAGUCAUGUUCAUCACUCACCAUUUUAGGUCAUCAGAUGCUCCAAAAAUAUAUCUCUCUGCAAAAACAAAUCAAUGUUAGCUAGCUAUGUUUUUCAUCGUUGGACCUGCGUUUACAAUGUAUCCAAUUUUGGUUUGUGCAGUUGUUGGUUUAGCUUUCUGUAUCUUUGUAGCAAGUACGGUCUGCAUGUGUAGGCGCAUAUUGCGUCAUGAUUCCAAGGUGUCCCAAUAUCUUUUCCAACUGUCCAUUAUCUGGUUUUAAUGCCCAUUCUAGAAUGCACUUCUGGACAAUCGGAAAUGAGUAUUCAACAAUGCCGUGGUAUAAAUGGUUCUUAUAGUUUGUUUCCAGUAAAUAGCUUUGUCUACACAGAGAUCUGUCCAGCAACAGACUCGUGGCAAUCCCUCCCAAUCUCUUUGUUCAUCUGGGAGAUUUACUACAACUGUGAGUCAGAUCCACACUCUGCUAUAUGCACAUUCUUUGAAUAUGUUAUGCUAUAGUUAUCGUUGAAUAUUAUGUCUUAUAAUUGAUGCUGUUAUUGGAGCUCUGAUGUCAAUACUUUUACAUGUUUUUUAGGAACAUCUCGUAUAACCCUAUCGUGGAUCUCCAAGUUGACCACUUUGAUAACUUGCAUAAAUUGAAAUCAUUGUAAGUAACCUUUAUGUUUGUUUUACUGCUCACUUUGUGCAUGAAUGUUACACUUGAGAGGGAAAAGCAUCAGUAGGGUAGCACUUUAUAAUAACACCUUGUAAUAAGGCAUUUAUAAUGGUUUAGUAAAUAGUUUGUUUAUCAUUUAUGAAUCAUUACACCCACGUGUUAAUGUUAGUAAGCUAGUUAUUCACACAUUGAUAAAAAAAAAAACAUUCAAUCAAAACCGUAACUUUCUAACAUUCAAUCAAACCGUAACUGAAUGCCUUGAUGCCUGUAUGCCUGCUUUACAUAGCAAGCCAUGGCAACGUGACUCACUGUCUGUAGGAGCGAUCCAUUUUUCUGAACGGGGUGGUGUAGCUAAUAAACUGGCCGGUGAGUGUAUACUUCCAUAUUUUAAAAUAAACUGGUACCAUGUUACCUUCAGAUGAGGCUUGUGAGGCUUGUGGGCAUCUUUGAGCAAAACAACCAACAUGUUCUUGUUCGUGAGAGUCUCCUCUUUCCAUGGAGGUACCAUAGCUUAAACGUUCAUGUUUCUUAAUUAUUAUGCUAAUUUGGUGUCCAUGCUGAGAUACUUUUGAAUUACCAGUGUAAUUUCUCACAUUGGUAGACAUUCCAGCAGUACCUGAUGCUCUUUAAGGUCUCAAAAUGGUAAAAGAAUAAGCACACAACACAGGAUGUUUAAGGAAAUAUUUAUUAACAUUUUAUUCACAAAAACUGUUGUAAAACAACUGUUGCAAGGACGUAAGGAAGAGUUGCAAUUAUUUUUUUUAUUUUUUUUUAUUUAACCUUUAUUUAACUAGGCAAGUCAGUUAAGAACAAAUUCUUAUUUGUGAAUGUCUAAUGUCAACCUCGCAAAUGCAAACUAAUCAUAAAACAGGGAGAUGUACCCUCACACACAACAUUAGGCUGGACCGGCCAGUUUUUCUCUAGUAGAUUUUUAUUCCUUCAUUACUACUGAUAUGUGAUUCAGGUAUAAAUAUGUUACAUGUAUAACCUUUAAAUGUUUCCAGUGCGUCAGUGUUUUAACCAUUUAACUAUUUUCACACUUUGCUUUGUUUGGCGGCAUUUUUACUGGGCCUUUAAUAAUAUUUGAAGGUAGUAACUCUUGGCUAGUUCAGCAAAAUAAUGUAUUUAGAUACACUAUAUAUACAAAAGUAUGUGGACUUCGGCCCUGCUAGUGCUGCCCCGGUCAACUGUAAGUGCUGUUAUUGUGAAGUGGAAACGUCUAGGUCAACAACGGCUCAGCCGUUAAGUUGUAGGCCACACAAGCUCACAGAAUGGGACCGCAGAGUGCUGAAGCGCGUAAAAAUCGUCUGUCCUCGGUUGCAAUACUCACUACCUAGUUCCAAACUGCCCCUGGAAGCAACGUCAGCACAAGAACUGUUCGUUGGGAGCUUCAUGAAAUGGGUUUCCAUGGCUGAGCAGCCGCACACAAGCCUAAGAUCACCAUGCGCAAUGCCAAGCGUUGGCUGGAGUGGUGUAAAGCUCACUGCCAUUGGACUCUAGAGCAGUGGAAACGCGUUCUCUGGAGUAAUGAAUCAUGCUUCACCAUCUGGCAGUCCGACGGACGAAUCUGGUUUUGGUGGAUGCCAGGAGAAUGCUACCUUCCCGAAUGCAUAGUGCUAACUGUAAAGUUUGGUGAAGGAGGAAUAAUGGUCUGGGGCUGUUUUUCAUGGUUCGGGCUCGGCCCCUUAGUUCCAUUGAAGGGAACUUUGUGGGAACAGUUUGGGGAAGGCCCUUUCCUGUUUCAGCAUGACAAUGCCCACGUGCACAAAGCGAGGUCCAUACAGAAAUGGUUUGUCGAGAUCGGUGUGGAAGAACAUGACUGGCCUGCACAGAGCCCUGACCUCAACCCCAUCGAACACCUUUGGGAUGAAUUGGAACGCAGACUGCGAGCCAGGCCUAAUCGCCCAACAUCAGUGCCCAACCUCCCUAAUGCUCUUGUGGCUGAAUGGAAGCAAGUCACCGCAGCAAUGUUCCAACAUCUAGUGGAAAGCCUUCCCAGAAGAGUGGAGGCAGUUAUAGCAGUAAAGGGGGGACCAACUCCAUAUUAAUGCCCAUGAUUUUGGAAUUAGAUGUUCGACGAGCAGGUGUCCACAUACUUUUGGUGAUUCAGUGUAUUUGUUUCCUUACCUCGUAAGCAGUCUAUGGACUGCUCUAAACCAUGAAACACACUGAGAAUCUGACUGCCGAUAAGUACUCAUUACAGUAGGAGGCCGUUCCUUCUCUUGCUAGAACAAAAGACGUACCUGCUGCAUACCUGACGAACCUGCCAUUUCUACUUGUAGAAUCGCAAUGCUCCUCAGUGGCCGACAACUUGACUUAAAGCCAAUCAGAGGUCAUGAACCUCCAAGUGGGAGAGCUGACAGGAGUGACGACAAAAAGGAAAAAAUAUGUUGUGCAAGCUAGCGAAUAAAAAAAGAAAUAUAUAUAUAUAUAAUUUUUUAUUCGCUAGCUUGCACAACAUCUUAUAUAUAUACAGCGGGGAGAACAAGUAUUUGAUACACUGCCGAUUUUGCAGGUUUUCCUACUUACAAAGCAUGUAGAGGUCUGUAAUUUUUAUCAUAGGUACACUUCAACUGUGAGAGACGGAAUCUAAAACAAAAAUCCAGAAAAUCACAUUGUAUGAUUUUUAAGUAAUUAAUUUGCAUUUUAUUGCAUGACAUAAGUAUUUGAUCACCUACCAACCAGUAAGAAUUCCAGCUCUCACAGACCUGUUAGUUUUUCUUUAAGAAGCCCUCCUGUUCUCCACUCAUUACCUGUAUUAACUGCACCUGUUUGAACUAGUUACCUGUAUAAAAGACACCUGUCCACACACUCAAUCAAACAGACUCCAACCUCUCCACAAUGGCCAAGACCAGAGAGCUGUGUAAGGACAUCAGGGAUAAAAUUGUAGACCUGCACAAGGCUGGGUUGGGCUACAGGACAAUAGGCAAGCAGCUUGGUGAGAAGGCAACAACUGUUGGCGCAAUUAUUAGAAAAUAGAAGAAGUUCAAGAUGACGGUCAAUCACCCUCGGUCUGGGGCUCCAUGCAAGAUCUCACCUCGUGGGGCAUCAAUGAUCAUGAGGAAGGUGAGGGAUCAGCCCAGAACUACACAGCAGGACCUGGUCAAUGACCUGAAGAGAGCUGGGACCACAGUCUCAAAGAAAACCAUUAGUAACACACUACGCCGUCAUGGAUUAAAAUCCUGCAGGGCACGCAAGGUCCCCCUGCUCAAGCCAGCACAUGUCCAGGCCCGUCUGAAGUUUGCCAAUGACCAUCUGGAUGAUCCAGAGGAGGAAUGGGAGAAGGUCAUGUGGUCUGAUGAGACAAAAAUAGAGCUUUUUGGUCUUAAACUCCACUCGCCGAGUUUGGAGGAAGAAGAAGGAUGAGUACAACCCCAAGAACACCAUCCCAACCGUGAAGCAUGGAUGUGGAAACAUCAUUCUUUGGGGAUGCUUUUCUGCAAAGGGGACAGGACGACUGCACCGUAUAGAGGGGAGGAUGGAUGGGGCCAUGUAUCGCGAGAUCUUGGCCAACAACCACCUUCCCUCAGUAAGAGCAUUGAAGAUGGGUCGUGGCUGGAUCUUCCAGCUUGACAACCACCCGAAACACACAGCCAGGGCAACUAAGGAGUGGCUCCGUAAGAAGCAUCUCAAGGUCCUGGAGUGGCCUAGCCAGUCUCCAGACCUGAACCCAAUAGAACAUCUUUGGAGGGAGCUGAAAGUCCGUAUUGCCCAGUGACAGCCCCGAAACCUGAAGGAUCUGGAGAAGGUCUGUAUGGAGGAGUGGGCCAAAAUCCCUGCUGCAGUGUGUGCAAACCUGGUCAAGACCUACAGGAAACGUAUGAUCUCUGUAAUUGCAAACAAAGGUUUCUGUACCAAAUUUUAAAGUUCUGCUUUUCUGAUGUAUCAAAUACUUAUGUCAUGCAAUAAAAUGCAAAUUAAUUACUUAAAAAUCAUACAAUGUGAUUUUCUGGAUUCCGUCUCUCACAGUUGAAGUGUACCUAUGAUAAAAAUUACAGACCUCUACAUGCUUUGUAAGUAGGAAAACCUGCAAAAUCGGCAGUGUAUCAAAUACUUGUUCUCCCCACUGUAUAUUUGGGCUGGCACUGGCAGUAUGGGAUUAUGGAGAGUUAAUUAAAUUGUUCCUUUGUCAUCUUGCUAGCUAGUUAUCUAGCUGUGGCCAUCUGGCUAGUAUCAACAAGGGCUUUCUACAACAAUAGCAAAUUAGCACAGCUAGCUAGUUAGCCAACAUUGGAUACCUAACAAAGCAAAAUACACAGGGACUAGCAUUGCCAAACUAAGCAUAAGAAUGCAACUCUACUAAUGUUAGCACUUCACUCAGCAUAGUCACACAUCAUACUAUUACAACAGUGUGGCUGUUUUGGAAUAAAAUGCUCAAUAUAUUUUCUUAAAACCUUUUACUACAUUGGGCUAAAUCAGGGUCACACAGAGUGUUUCUUGUCUUAAACAAAUCUACUUUGAAACAAAAGUAUGGUUAUGGGCUUAAAAAAAGAAGACACCUUUACCAUGUCAGAUAUAGAGUUGAAAUAUUGUUCAAUUUUGUGUUUGCAUCCCAAUAUUACACUUUAUAUACAGUACCAGUCAAAAGUUUGGACACACCUACUCAUUCCAGGGUUUUUCUUUAUUUUUACUAUUUUCUACAUUGUAAAAAACUAUGAAAUAACACAUAUGGAAUCAUGUAGUAACCAAAAAAAAAGUGUUAAACAAAUCAAAAUAUAUUUUAUAUUCGUCAAAGUAGCCACCCUUUGCCUUGAUGACAGCUUUGCACACUCUUGACAUUCUCUCAACCAGCUUCAUGAGUUAGUCACCUGGAAUGCAUUUCAAUUAACAGGUGUGCCUUGUUAAAAGUUAAUUUGUGGAAUUUCUUUCUUUCUUAAUGCGUUUAAGCCAAUCAGUUGUGUUGUGACAAGGUAGGGGUGGUAUACAGAAGAUAGCCCUAUUUGGUAAAAUACCAAGUCCAUAUUAUGGCAAGAACAUCUCAAAUAAGCAAAGAGAAACGACAGUCCAUCAUUACUUUAAGACAUGAAGGUCAGUCAAUCCGGAACAUUUCAAGAACUUUGAAAGUUUCUUCAAGUAAAGUCACAAAAACCAUCAAGCGCUAUGAUGAAACUGGCUCUCAUGAGGACCGCCACAGGAAAGGAAGACCCAGAGUUACCUCUGCUGCAGAGGAUGAGGUCAAUAGAGUUACCAGCCUCAGAAAUUGCAGCCCAAAUAAAUGCUUCACAGAGUUCAAGUAACAGACACAUCUCAAAAUCAACUGUUCAGAGGAGACUGCGUGAAUCAGGCCUUCAUGGUCAAAUUGCUGCAAAGAAACCACUACUAAAGGACACCAGUAAGAAGAAGAGACUUGCUUGGGCCAAGAAGCACGAGCAAUUGACAUUAGACUGGUGGAAAUCUGUCCGUUGGUCUGAUGAGUCAACAUUUUAGAUUUUUGGUUCCAACCGCUGUGUCUUUGUGAGACGCAGAGUAGGUGAACGGAUGAUCUCCGCAUGUGUGGUUCCCACCGUGAAGCAUGGAGGAGAAGGUGUGAUGGUGUGGGGGUGCGUUGCUGGUGACACUGUCAGUGAUUUAUUUAGAAUUCAAGGCACACUUAAACAGCAUGGCUACCACAGCAUUCUGCAGCGAUACGCCAUCCCAUCUGGUUUGGGCUUAGUGGGACUCUCUUUUGUUUUUCAACAGGACAAUGACCCAACACUGCUCCAGGCUGUGUAAGGGCUAUUUGACCAAACAGGAGAGUGAUGGAGUGCUGCAUCAGAUGACCUGGCCUCCACAAUCACCUGACCUCAACCCAAUUGAGAUGGUUUGGAAUGAGUUGGACCGCAGAGUGAAGGAAAAGCAGCCAACAAAUGCUCAGCAUGUGGGAACUCCUUCAAGACUGUUGGAAAAGCAUUCCAGGUGAAGCUGGUUGAGAGAAUGCCAAGAGUGUGCAAAGCUGUCAUCAAGGGAAAGGGUGGCUACUUUGAAGAAUAUAAAAUAUAACAUAUAUUUGGAUUUGUUUAACACGUUUUUGGUUACUACAUGAUUCCAUAUGUGUUAUUUCAUAGUUUUGAUGUCUUCACUAUUAUUCUGCAAUGUAGAAAAUAGUAAAAAUAAAGAAAUACCCUUGAAUGAGUAGGUGUGUCCAAACUUUUGACUGGUACUGUACAUCACAGAAGACUGAAAUAUAACAAAAUCUUUUGACAUGGAUGUUCUGUGUUUUCUUUUAAAUUCUAAUAACACUCCCUCCACCCAUGAGGCCACUAGAGGUUGCUUUGGUCAUUCGACUGCAGGAAAGGGGUACACAUCCUCUGUAUUGUAUGCUUAUUGUUUAACCAUUAAUAUGUUCUAGGGUCCAUUUUGCGACCUUAAUGAGCAUUAGGUACUGCUGGAAUGUCUACCAAUGGCAUAUCCAUCUUUUUGUGAGAAAUUUAACUGGUCACUUGAAACAAAGUAUAAAUAGCCCUCACUUUAGAUGAGACCACGCAAACAUACUUUACUAAUGAUUGGUAAAUGGUUUAAGGACCUAUAUUAAACAUCUUAUGAAUCAUUAUUACAUAGCCUACUUUUUAAAAAAAUUAUAAAUGUGUGAAUAACUAGCUACCUAACAUGAACAAAUGUGGGAGUAAUGAUUAAUAAAUGAUUAACUAUUUACUAAUCCAUUAUUAAUGCUUGAUUAUGUGGAGUUAUUAUAAAGUGCUACCCAUCAGUAGUAAUACCAUGUUUAAAAAAUAUAUAUAGUUCUAGUAAAUAUGCAAGGGGCCAUUUAAAUUAAAUGUACAUAAUAAUAAAAAAUUAACAAUUAGGCAAGCAUGAGAGAUUGAUAAAGGGAAGUUGUGUAGAGGUAGUACAUCUUCUCUAUACAUCCCUUUCUGUGGCCCUUUCAGACUAACUAGAAAUCCAUGAUCUACUCCAUGCAAUUUCAUAUACAAUCAUAGCUUGCAUCAUCCCCAGAACAAAGGCACGUGACCUUCCAAUGUGCACCCUUUUAUCAUACAAGACAAUUAUGUGGCUACAUAACAUGCAGUGUUUUAUGUGUUAUCCUAUUGGAACAGAGUGCACUUACUGGCCCAUACAUGAGGAAUUCCCUUAUUCACACAUAUCAGGAAAGACAACAAAUAGCAUUUUAGGUCAAACAUCAAAGCUUCCCCCACCAAACAAAUGUGUAAAAGACCAACAAUUUUGGGGAAAGAAUGUUGCAAAGAGGGUCUCUGAAAUUCAAAUAUUUUGUUUUUCUAUGUGAGCUCCUAAGGGGAACAACUUUUGUUUGUGUUUUUUAGGAGCAUAGAGGGAAUCGAGAUUGGGAACAUACAACGAAGGAUGUUUGAACCACUCAAACAAUUGACCCACAUGUAUGUACUUUGUUCAUUUUGUUUUAUCAUAACGUUUUUGGAAAUUAAAUUUAAGACCAAUCCGAAAUUAAACUAUGAACAAAAUCAUUUUUAUCUGGCAAAAAGAUUGAGUUUAAUGCUUUCGUAAGUUAUUUAAAAAGCAUUUGCACCUCUUAAUUCUUAUCCCUCAUCCAAUAUUUACUUUAACUUUUGCUCUUCCUUUUAUCUUUCAAACCAUUGCAGUUGCAAACUUUUCCACCACUAUUGUAAAAGUGUCCUAGUCAAUCUGGCCCCAGGUCCUUAUCUGAAGCUUCAAGAUGUUCACUCCCAACGGUGUGAUCCUGUCAGGCGACGUGUAUGCGGUUAGCGAAGUCAAAUGCAGGACACAGAGCGGCUGGCAACGUUCUUUACUGAACACAGUAAAAUAAACGUACAAAAACAACAAACCUCCAAACAGGGAGGAAAACACAAAGACCCGUACAUACAAGAAACUGCCGGAAUGACAAACGAACAAUAACACACAAAAUAACCAAUGAGAGAGAGGGGGUAAUAUAGGGAAUACAAUCCAACAUAAUGGGAAACAGGUGUAAACAAUAAAGACCAAACAAGACAAACACCGAAACAUCGAUCGGCAGCAGCUAGUACUCCGGGGACGACGAACGCCGAAGCCUGCCCGAGCAAGGAGGAGGAGCAGCCUCGGCUGAAUCCGUGACAGCCAGGAGGACGCGGAGCAGGGCGAGUCGGAUGACUCCGGUGGAAAUCCCUCAACAGGGACGGAUCUAGGAUGUCCCUCCUAGGGACCCAGCACCGUUCCUCCGGACCGUACCCCUCCCACUCCACGAGAUACUGCAGACCCCCCAUCCGACGCCUCGAAUCCACGAUGGAACGGACUGAGUACGCCGGAGCCCCCUCGAUGUCUAGUGGGGGCGGAGGAGCCUCUCGUAUCUCAUUCUCCUGGAGUGGACCAGCUACCACCGGCCUGAGGAGAGACACAUGGAACGAGUGGUUAAUGCGGUAAUUAAUGGACAGUUGUAACCUAUAACAUACCUCGUUCAUUCUCCUCAGGACUUUAAAUGGCCCCACAAACCGAGGGGCAGGUUUCGGGUCGAGAGCCAGACCCGAUCUCCCGGUGCAUAAACCGGAGCCUCACUGCGGUGGCGAUCGGCACUCGCCUUUUGCCAUCUAAUAGCCCGCUGCAGAUGGACAUGCGCAGCGUUCCAUGUUUCCUCCGAGCGCCGAAACCACUCAUCCACCGCAGGGGCUUCGAUCUGGCUCUGAUGCCAGGGUGCCAGGACCGGCUGAUAACCCAGCACACACUGAAAAGGCGUAAGAUUAGUGGAGGAGUGGCGGAGUGAGUUUUGGGCUAUCUCUGCCCAGGGGAUAUACCCCGACCACUCCUCCUGCCGGUCCUGGCAAUAGGACCUGAGAAACCUACCCACAUCCUGGUUUACUCUCUACACCUGCCCAUUACUCUCAGGGUGAAAACCCGAGGUAAGGCUAAUCGAGACCCCCAGACGUUCCAUAAACGCCCUCCAGACUCUAGAGGUGAACUGGGGACCCCGAUCAGACACUAUAUCCUCAGGCACCCCGUAGUGCCGGAAGACGUGAGUAAACAGGGCGUCAGCCGUUUGUAGGGCUGUAGGAAGACCUGGCAUAGGAAUGAGACGGCAGGCCUUAGAAAACCGAUCCACAACGACCAAGAUCGUGGUAUUCCCCUGGGAGGGGGGAAGGUCCGUGACAAAAUUCACCGAUAGGUGAGACCACAGCCGUUGUGGAACGGGUAAGGGUUGUUACUUCACUCUGGGCAGGUGUCUAGGCGCCUUACACUGGGCGCACGCCGAGCAGGAAGAAACGUAAACCCUCACGUCCCUAGCUAAGGUGGGCCACCAGUACUUCCCACUAAGGCAGUGCACUGUCCGACCAAUACCAGGAUGACCAGAGGAGGGUGACUUGUGAGCCCAAUAUAUCAGUCGAUCACGAACCUCGAGCGGCACGUACCUCCGUCCCUCUGGACACUCUGGGGGAGUAGGGUCGGCACGUAACACCCGCUCGAUGUCUGCAUCGACCUCCCACACCACCGGUGCCACCAGACAAUACUCUGGAAGUAUGGGAGUGGGCUCAAUGGACCUCUCCUCUGCGUCAUAACGUCGGGACAGGGCGUCUGCCUUAGCGUUCUGUGACCCUGGUAUAUAAGUGAGCUUAAAUACAAACCGGGUAAGAAACAUGGCCCACCUAGCCUGACGAGGGUUCAGUCUCCUCGCUGCCCGGAUGUAUUCCAGGUUACGAUGGUCAGUCAGAAUGAGAAAAGGGUGUCUAGCCCACUCAAGCCAAUGCCUCCACACCUUCACGGCUUGGACCACCGCUAGCCGCUCCCUGUCCCCCACGUCAUAAUUGCGUUCCGCCGGACUGAGCUUCUUAGAAUAGAAAGCACAGGGGCGGAGUUUUGGAGGCGUGCCCGAGCGCUGAGACAGUAUAGCACCGAUCCCCGCCUCGGAAGCAUCCACCUCAACUUGGAACGCCAAAGAGGGAUCCGGAUGUGCCAGCACCGGAGCCGAGGUGAACAGGUCCUUCAGAUGUCUAAACGCCCUGUCCGCCUCAGCCGACCACUGCAAACGCACCGGGCCCCCCCUUAGCAGGGAGGUGAUGGGAGCUGCUACCUGUCCAAAACCCCGGAUAAACCUCCUGUAGUAAUUGGCAAAACCCAAAAACCGCUGCACCUCCUUCACCGUGGUGGGAGUCUGCCAAUUACGCACGGCUGAAACGCGGUCAAUCUCCAUCUCCACCCCUGACGCGGACAACCAAUGUCCCAGGAAGGAGAUGGACUCCUGGAAGAACAGACAUUUCUCCGCCUUCACAUACAGGUCAUGCUCCAACAGUCUACCCAGCAUCCGACGCACCAGGGAACACAUGCUCGGCUCGUGUAGCGGAGAAUAUUAGAAUGUCAUCAAUAUACACCACUACACCCUGUCCAUGCAAAUCCCGGAAAAUCUCGUCCACAAAUGAUUGGAAGACUGAAGGAGCAUUCAUUAAACCGUAUGGCAUGAUGAGGUACUCAUAGUGACCCGAGGUGGUACUGAACGCUGUCUUCCACUCAUCUCCCUCCCUAAUGCGCACCAGGUUGUACGCGCUCCUGAGAUCCAAUUUUGUGAAGAAUCGCACCCCGUGUAAUGACUCCGUCAUACUAGCAAUCAGAGGGAGAGGAUAGCUGCAUUUGAUUGUAAUCUGAUUGAGACCACGGUAAUCAAUACACAGGCGUAAACCCCCAUCCUUCUUCUUCACAAAAAAGAAACUUGAGGAUGCAGGAGAAGUGGACGAUCGUAUGUAACCCGGUAUCAGAGAUUCGGUGAAGUAUGUUUCCAUAGCUGCCGUCUCCUCCUGAGACAGGGGAUACACAUGACUACGAGGAAGCGCAGCGCCUACCUGGAGGUCUAUCGCACAAUCCCCCUGCCGAUGAGGUGGUAAUUGAGUCGCCUUCUUUUUACAGAAGGCGAGUGCCAAAUCGGCAUACUCAGGAGGAAUGUGCAUGGUGGGAAUUUGGUUCGGACUUUCCACCGUCGUUGCCCCUACGGAAACACCUACACACCGCCCGACACACUGAUCAGACCAUCCCUUGAGAGCCCUCUGUUGCCAUGAAAUGUUGGGGUCAUGAGAUGUUAACCAGGGAAGCCCCAACACCAUGGGAAACGCAGGAGAAUCAAUCAAAUACAACUGUAUUAUCUCCUCAUGGCCCUCCUGCGUCUUCAUCUUAAGUGGCGCUGUGACCUCCCUAAUCAAUCCCGACCCUAAAGGGCGGCUAUCUAGGGCAUGGAUGGGGAAGGGCACAUCAACUGGUACAAUAGGAAUCCCUAACUUAUACGUGAACCGGCGAUCGAUAAAAUUCCCAGCUGCGCCUGAAUCUACUAGCGCCUUAUGCUGGGAAUGAGAAGAAACCUCGGGAAACACAACUUUAAUACACAUAUGUACAACAGAGAGCUCUGGGUGAGUUGGGUGCUUACUCACCUGGUAUGACUCAUCAGUGCGCGGCCUACUGCCUCUAUUCCUAGGAGACCCUCCCCAGCACCGAACCGCAGUGUGUCCUCUGCGGCCACAGUUGGUGCAGGGGAUGGCCUCUCUCCUGGUCUCUCUCCUCGUCUCCCUAGCACCAGCACCCCCGAGCUCCAUAGGGCUCGGCUUGGAAGUGCUGGGGGAUGGAAUGGACGUCCCCGACUCCGGACGUCCGUGGGUAGCCAACAGGGUAUCUAGGCGAAUCGACAUGUCCACCAGCUGAUCGAAGUUUAGGUUGGUGUCCCUGCAGGCCAACUCCCGACGAACGUCCUCCCUCAAGCUGCACCUGUAGUGGUCGAUGAGGGCCCUCUCAUUCCAUCCCGCAUUGGCAGCCAGAGUCCGGAAGUCCAGUGCGAAGUCCAGUGCGAACUCCUGCGCGCUCCUCUUCCCCUGUCUGAGGUGCAACAGACGCUCACCCGCCGCCUUCCCCUCUGGGGGGGGAUGAUCGAACACCGCCCUGAAGCGGCGGGUGAACUCUGCGUAGUUGACUGUAGCGGCGUCUAUUCCCCCCCACUCGGCGUUGGCCCACUCCAGUGCCUUGCCGGACAGACAGGAGAUGAGGGCAGACACGCUCUCGUAUCCCGAGGGCACCGGGUGGAUGGUUGCCAGGUAGAGUUCCACUUGGAGCAGGAAACCCUGACACCCGGCCGCGGUGCCAUCAUAAGCCCUCGGGAGCGAGAGCCGAAUCCCACUGGACUCCGGAGGUGAGGCGAUGGGUAUAGUUGAUGGUGGUGGUAUCCUCGGAGGAGGUGUGGGCAAACCUCCUCUUUCCCAUCGCUCCAAGGUGUUCAUCACCCCUUCCAUGGCGGUGCCAAGAGCCUGGAUCAUGGCCGCUUGUUGUGUUACACGCUCCUCCAGUGAUCCAUCUGGCACCGCCACUCCUGCUGACUCCAUGUCUUGGUGUGUUAUUCUGUCAGGCGACGUGUAUGCGGUUAGCGAAGUCAAAUGCAGGACACAGAGCGGCUGGCAACGUUCUUUACUGAACACAGUAAAAUAAACGUACAAAAACAACAAACCUCCAAACAGGGAGGAAAACACAAAGACCCGUACAUACAAGAAACUGCCGGAAUGACAAACGAACAAUAACACACAAAAUAACCAAUGAGAGACAGGGGGUAAUAUAGGGAAUACAAUCCAACAUAAUGGGAAACAGGUGUAAACAAUAAAGACCAAACAAGACAAACACCGAAACAUCGAUCGGUAGCAGCUAGUACUCCAGGGACGACGAACGCCGGAAGCCUGCCCGAGCAAGGAGGAGCAGCCUCGGCUGAAUCCGUGACAGAUCCCAAGCUGUGCGUUACAUAAUUGACAUGCCUGUGAGUAAGGUCAUCCCAAAACAAUGUUGGUCCAGGAUGAGAUUAAUUGAAAAAACCAAUCCUUGUCCUCUCACCGUGUGCUGCACAACUUUGUAUCAUAUACUUUUUUGCUCCGCUUCUAUGCAACCUUUGGAUGUGCACUAUCCCCUAUCCUGAUAGGGGCCCUGAAACAAUCACUAACCCCUACACCCUAGGCAAUUGUGUAGAUCUGAAAGGACAUGAUAGAUGUAAGCAAUAUGGCAGAAAUACCACCUAGCCUAUCAGAGCGCAAGGUAGAGCUUAAUCACAUAUUGCUUCAGAUCAUGAACUGCCUAGAGCAGUGGUUACCAACCGGUCGAUAGCGAUCGACUGGUCGAUCUCCAAGCCAUUCCUAGUUGAUCACCAAACAUUUCUGGAAAAAAACAAUGUUAAAGCCUUGCGUUCCUAUUUUUUAAAAAUGUGUUUCGCACUGUUGUCGGUAGGUGCACUAGAUUCCCAUUUUGAACCAUUUCAUGUGUCUGAAGAUAGAACUCUGCCUACCUGGCAGGCCCAGAGAGCAAAUCAAGUGCACCUAUAGGCAAUGUUCCCUCUAAGCUACGCACGUGAGUGACCGCACACUUCCUCCAGGACUGCUGCGCAGAAGAAAUGCCAUGCUGCGCAGAGAGGCAAGAGAUUGAAAUUCCCUGACCAACCCAUUAGUUUGCACUAUAUACAGUACCAGUCAAAAGUUUGGACACACCUACUCAUUCCAGGGUUUUUCUUUAUUUUGGCUAUUUUCUACAUUGUAGAAUAAUAGUGAAGACAUCAAAACCAUGAAAAAUCAAAAUAUAUUUUAUAUAUGAGAUUCUUCAAAGUAGCCACCCUUUGCCUUGAUGACAGGCAAAGAACAGCUCAAAUGAGCAAAGAGAAACGACAGUCCAUCAUUACUUUAAAGGCAUGAACUGACCAGAAAAUGUCAAGAACUUUGAAAGUUUCUUCAAGUAAAGUCGCAAAAACCAUCAAGCACAAUGAUGAAACUGGCUCUCAUGAGGACCGCCACAGGAAAGGAAGACCCAGAGUUACCACUGCUGCAGAGGAUAAGGUUAUUAGAGUUACCAGCCUCAGAAAUUGCAGCCCAAAUAAAUGCUUCACAGAGUUCAAGUAAAAGACACAUCUCAAAAUCAACUGUUCAGAGGAGACUGCGUGAAUCAGGCCUUCAUGGUCGAAUUGCUGCAAAGAAACCACUACCAUCAAGAAGAAGAGACUUGCUUGGGCCAAGAAGCACGAGCAAUCGACAUUAGACUGGUGGAAAUCUGUCAUUUGGUCUGAUGAGUCCAAAUUUGCGAUUUUUGGUUCCAACCGCGGUGUCUUUGUGAGACGCAGAGUAGGUGAACGGAUUAUCUCCGCAUCUGUGGUUCCCACCGUGAAGCAUGGAGGAGGUGGUUUGAUGGUGUGGGGGUGCUUUGCUGGUGACAAUGUCAGUGAUUUAUUUAGAAUUCAAGGCACACUUAACCAGCAUGGCUACCACAGCAUUCUGCAGCGAUACGCCAUCCCAUCUGGUUUGCGCUUAGUGGGACUAUCAUUUGUUUUUCAACAGGACAAUGACCCAAAACACACCUCCAAGCUGUGUAAGGGCUAUUUGACCAAGAAGGAGAGUGAUGGAGUGCUGCAUCAGAUGACCUGGCCUCCACAAUCACUCGACCUCAACCCAAUUGAGAUGGUUUGGGAUGAGUUGAACCGCAGAGUGAAGGAGAAGCAGGCCAACAAGUGCUCAGCAUAUGUAGUCUCCUUCAAGACUAUUGGAAAAGCAUUCCUCAUGAAGCUGGUUGAGAGAAUGCCAAGAGUGUGCAAAGCUAUCAUCAAAGCAAAGAAGAAGAAAAAAUGGUCUGUCCCAAAUUUUGGUCUGUCCAAAAUGUUUACUGGUACUGUAGAUUUUUUCUGUGAUCGAAUCAACAUUAUAUCAGGCCCUUGUCAAUGCAACAAAUCUAACUUUGUAAGAUUGCGUCUUUGAUUUUGUUGUAGGCAGAGAUAGAGUGCAAUGGAGAAGAAUUCUCUUGGCGGGGUAGCCCAUGAGCGUUAUUUCAAUCACCCGUGAGUAAAUGCGCUUUUCAGAUCAGUUUAGAUCAGAGCGCAGAGCGAAGCGUGCGCACAUUUGUUGAUAUUAUUUGCUAGUUAGCGAGUUAUUAGCCCAGUUAUAGGUAAGUAUGGGUCAGCAAUGGGGAGUUACUGCUUCAUGCAAGCACAAAAUGUGUCUUUGAAAAGCCAGUCCGGUGUCUUAAUUAAAGGGCAGUGUUGUAUUUUGAGACAGGCUUGAAUAUGUAAAUAAGCCAAUAGGAGAGGGGAAGCCUGCAUUGUCUAAUUCUCUGUAUGGUAAUAAUAAUUCAUUUGAUUUUGUAAAGUGGUUUCUUGCAUCAUGCAACAAUGCAAUUUACAGUCACCAAUUUGACCCAUGGUUUUACAGACCAAGUAAAAAAUAAAAAUAAAUAAUGUCAAGCCCUUCAUAACAUGAAAAACUGUUUUAAAGUCUCAUGCAAUGUAGGCCUGCAUUGAACACCACAUAUAGGCUACUGUAGGCCAUAGAAAUCAAAAGCUAUUUCCAUGUGAAAAUGUUAUGGGAUUUGCUCCAUUGGUUUUGUUGGAAGGCCUACAUUAUGCUCAAAUAGCCACAAUAGCCUAUUGGCUGCUGUCUAAAACUGUAAGGGUUCAGCUUCAGUGUUCAAAAUUCUCGCAAUGUUCAAGUUUUCCGCUCACAAGACCAAAAAGUUUGCUCAGUGCACGAAAACAUUUGAGGGAACAUUGCCUAUAGGCCUACCGCUGGCCAAUAAGAUAGCUCAGAUCACAGUGUCUGCACAGUUACCUUGCGCCAUAGACCGCUGCUCCCUCCCCUCAGACUUACCAUCAGAUGCAGGCCAUCAGUCCAGUAAAAUAUAUAUAUAAAUAUAUAUAUAUAUAUAUAUAUAUUAUGCUCACUCAGCUGUGCCUCACAGGUAAUACAACAAAUUAUAUAUUACCAGUGUAAUCAUAUAGGCUACCUACAAUUUUGAAAUAUAAUUUCAAAAUGGUCUGAGAAGAACAACAUGCAGUGAUAAUGUAUUGGGCCUAUGGCCUACUGCACAAACCUCAUUGCUACAGAACUGUUUUUAAUUGGUUAAUGUUUUUAGUUUUUGAAGUCAUGUUUAAAAAAAAUAUCUGAGCGGUAGAUCUCGGCUUGCAUUUUGACUCAGAAAGUGAUCUUGACUCAGAAAAGGUUGGUGACCACUGGCUUAGAGGCUAGGGGCUAGGAAUGGUAUCUGGAGUCUCCUGCUUUCAUCCUGUUCAUUGAUUUCCCUCUUUGUGUUUAGUUACUUUAAGAAGUUCCAGUACUGCGGCUACGCCCCUCACGUGCGCAGCUGCAAGCCCAACACGGACGGCAUCUCGUCCUUCGAGGACCUCCUGGCCAACAUCGUCCUGAGGGUGUUCGUCUGGGUGGUGUCUGCCACCACGUGCUUCGGCAACGUCUUCGUCAUCUGCAUGCGCUCCUACAUCCGAUCGGAGAACAAGCUCCAUGCCAUGUGUAUCAUCUCCCUAUGUUGUAAGAGACACCUUUCAUAUCAAUUCAACUCAGGCCCCGAUUCAAUAGAUUUUAGGGCUGACCCCAAUUAUAUAUAUAUUUUUUUUAUGGCACACGAGACACCUGUCUUAUUUGUGCCCAUCUCAGUGAACUAAUCCAUUGCGGAGGCCAAGACUAAUCCAUUGCGAAGGCCUUGGUGAUGGCACAGUAGAAGGGGAGUGUGGCUGCGCAAUGCACGUCUAUCUCCCGUCAAUUUGUGCACAUUCAUUGUUUCAUAACUUCAUUGUGUGAAUUGUUUGCAUUUGAUUGUUAGUGUCUAUCAAGUCCCCAUUACAUAUCACCAUUAGUACAUUUCCCGUUAAUUCCUUUCAUUUCUAAUCUACAAUGUUUGUUUGGUUACGGUAAUGUCUGUUAAUGUAUUCAAUAUAUUAUUAUUCUAGUCUUUUACCGUUCUCAUUGUCGGAGUGGACACAUUGUUUGCAGAGUGCACAACCUAUGCUACACUUGUGAGAAACAAGUAAUGUUUUCUUCACCUCACACAGCAAGAAAAAAAAGUCUGUUUUUACAUCCAUUGAGAAUGACAAUUCUUCAAUGUAUUUGAAAAAUCAUUCCAGCUCUCUCCCUUUCGAUAACCACUCCGCGUGAAAGGGAAAAAUGUCAUGCUCUGAUCCAUAAAAUGUCAUAAAAUAGGCCUACCUGAUAACUUCUUAUCCGUUGUAUAAAUAGCCUACAGCUGUGUCUGUCCGGAGCUCACUGGCACAGGAAACUCUGAGGGCCCAGAAUAUUUUAUACAAUGUGGCAAGGAUCUUCAGGCUGGACCCAAGUUAAUAGUUGAUACAAUGGUUCAAGUUUGUUGCAGACAGGCCAUGCGUAGCCAAUGUGAUUUAUAAGAUAAAAAUAAAUAAUCUGGAUAUUUUCUACGGGCAGGCUGCAAUGUUUUUAGUUGUUAAAUGAAACUGUUCCACGAAAAUGUGCAUCUGAAAACCAUAACUGGCACGCAGAUCAGUAGAAAUGGUAAGAUAAAUUGGCAUUCCACAUGAGAAAGUUUGCCGACUCCUCAUGUAGCCUAUUACCGGCAAUUUCAGGAGAGUAACUGCAGAAUCUGCGAAAGCCAGUAGGAGCUGGAGGAUGAUGGUCGGGACAGGUUAAGGUUUUUUUCUUCAAGUUAUCUUGAUCUUUGGCUCCCUCUUGAGUAAUUUGUGUUUUAUUUCAUCAAACAGUGAGCUUAAAGCAUCAGACAAGCUCAAUGGGGGGGGGGGGGUUCGGGGACAGCCCAAUUUGAUUAAAAUAAAGAAAAACCACACUGCAGCUUCAAUCAGAAUGUUUAUGCUGUAUUGUAAGGGAAGGUGAGGUUUUGCGUCAAUAUCCAGUGACAAUGUCCGCGAGAGGGACAGCGUUCUGGGUGUGUCAUAUAAGACGUGGUGAACACCUCAGAUAGAGUGAACAUUCUUAUUGAACUGUAAGUGCAGGUUUCUCUAUUCAGCAAACAAAUGAAUUGGGGUCUUUAGCUUUGAUAUGCAGGUUUAGCUUUUGAACUGUCGACAUUCAAACCAUUGGUACAUAGUAUGUUUAUGUCUUACUACCCUGGGAGUCGGAGAGAGGGCUACAUUAUCUGGCUACAUAACAUGUCUUUGUGCCUUCGCUACAAGCCAGGCCCACCUUUCUGCUCAAUUAAACAGGCUUUGUCACAAAUGCGGUGAUGCAGGGAAUGAGAUAGACAUAUUAAUGGUUACUUCCUUGGAAGUCAGCAGGAUAGCUAUAUUACCUGCAUUUUCCCCUGUAUCUGUGCCCUGCACAGUGAGGCACACCUUUCUGUUCAAUUUAACUAAACUUUGCUACAGUAUGCAAGGCUUGAGAUAAUAUUAAAGCUGAUCUACAGUGAGGGAAAAAAGUAUUUGAUCCCCUGCUGAUUUUGUACGUUUGCCCACUGACAAAGAAAUGAUCAGUCUAUAAUUUUAAUGGUAGGUUUAUUUGAACAGUGAGAGAGAAUAACAACAAAGAAAUCCAGAAAAACGCAUGUCAAAAAUGUUAUAAAUUGAUUUGCAUUUUAAUGAGGGAAAUAGGUAUUUGACCCCCUCUCAAUCAGAAAGAUUUCUGGCUCCCAGGUGUCUUUUAUACAGGUAACGAGAUGAGAUUAGGAGCACACUCUUAAAGGGAGUGCUCCUAAUCUCAGCUUGUUACCUGUAUAAAAGACACCUGUCCACAGAAGCAAUCAAUCAAUCAGAUUCCAAACUCUCCACCAUGGCCAAGACCAAAGAGCUCUCCAAGGAUGUCAGGGACAAGAUUGUAGACCUACACAAGGCUGGAAUGGGCUACAAGACCAUCGCCAAGCAGCUUGGUGAGAAGGUGACAACAGUUGGUGCGAUUAUUCGCAAAUGGAAGAAACACAAAAGAACUGUCAAUCUCCCUCGGCAUGGGGCUCCAUGCAAGAUCUCACCUCGUGGAGUUGCAAUGAUCGUGAGAACGGUGAGCAAUCAGCCCAGAACUACACAGGAGGAUCUUGUCAAUGAUCUCAAGGCAGCUGGGACCAUAGUCACCAAGAAAACAAUUGGUAACACACUACGCCAUGAAGGACUGAAAUCCUGCAGUGCCCGCAAGGUCCCCCUGCUCAAGAAAGCACAUAUACAUGCCUGUCUGAAGUUUGCCAAUGAACAUCUGAAUGAUUCAGAGGAGAACUGGGUGAAAGUGUUGUGGUCAGAUGAGACCAAAAUGGAGCUCUUUGGCAUCAACUCAACUUGCCGUGUUUGGAGGAGGAAGAAUGCUGCCUAUGACCCCAAGAACACAUCCCCACCGUCAAACAUGGAGGUGGAAACAUUAUGCUUUGGGGGUGUUUUUCUGCUAAGGGGCCAGGACAACUUCACCGCAUCUAAGGGACGAUGGACGGGGCCAUGUACCGUCAAAUCUUGGGUGAGAACCUCCUUCCCUCAGCCAGGGCAUUGAAAAUGGGUCGUAGAUGGGUAUUCCAGCAUGACAAUGACCCAAAACACACGGCCAAGGCAACAAAGGAGUGGCUCAAGAAGAAGCACCUUAAGGUCCUGGAGUGGCCUAGCCAGUCUCCAGACCUUAAUCCCAUAGAAAAUCUGUGGAGGGAGCUGAAGGUUCGAGUUGCCAAACGUCAGCCUCGAAACCUUAAUGACUUGGAGAAGAUCUGCAAAGAGGAGUGGGACAAAAUCCUUCCAGAGAUGUGUGCAAACCUGGUGGCCAACUACAAGAAACGUCUGACCUCUGUGAUUGCCAACAAGGGUUUUGCCACCAAGUACUAAGUCAUGUUUUGCAGAGGGGUCAAAUACUUAUUUCCCUCAUUAAAAUGCAAAUCAAUUUAUAACAUUUUUGACAUGCGUUUUUCUGGAUUUUUGUUGUUAUUCUGUCUCUCACUGUUCAAAUAAACCUCCCAUUAAAAUGAUAGACUGAUCAUUUCUUUGUCAGUGGGCAAACGUACAACAUCAGCAGGGGAUCAAACACUCCCCCCCCCCCCCCCCCCCAUCCCAAAAAAAAUACAAAGCUUGAGAUAUACAGUAUGUCGAGAGCUUGGGACUAUAAGGUUCAAUCUGCAAAAAGAUUAAAUGGCUUUAAAGUUCCGAACCCUCAUUGGUUUGAAUGGUGUCAGCAAUUUUUAUAUUUUAUUAUUUUGAACUUAACAACAUGAAUUGGGGUAUUAAUAGGACUAUAUAGGUAGAGAACAUUGAACAGAACAAGGCUAUGUCAAUAACUAAACUUUGACAAAAAUGCAGAUAGAACCUUAUAGUCCCAAGCUCUCUAUGUAUUUAGGACUUAUCCUUGUGAAGAUCAGAAUGUGUUUGGCAGACCCCCCACCAUCCUUUACACUUUAAUGUUGGUAGGUGUCAGAUGAAAAAAGCUUUUUUGAUUUGCACAUUUGGUACCUUUCCACAUCAAAGGAUGUGCAAUGACACGGUCUAGAGCUAUGUUAUGGAAUGAGUCACUGAGUCCUGUAAGAGAGAGAGCCCAGUGCCAUACAGAGGAAAUGUGAGCUGUAAAUAUGUUGUCUGUUUUGGCAUCACCGUUACUGUAGUCAAAAACCAGCCAGAUGAAUUUGUCUUGGACCAAAAUGUCAUAUGUAUUCAAUUUCCAUGGGACAUUUCUGUUUGAUUUCCUUGCGCAAAUAUUUCAUCUCUAAGUUGAUUGAUGGCUUACUGAAAAAGGGGACAUCUCAGCAGAGUCAAACAGACUUCAAAGUUUGGUUAAAGCUUAUUGCAAAUAUGGAGGUUUAAGAUUAAGUUAAUAUAUUACCAGAAAAGUUUGUCAUUGUAAAUUCGGGAGGUGCCGGAACAAAAAGUGAGCGCGAGAGGGGGGUGACCUGGGGAGUUCUGAGGUUGUGAGGUACUGGAACGCAUGAGAAAAAAGUGGCAUAGAGCAGUAGAGUAGAGGCACUUACAGAACUUGCACACAUGGGGAAUAUCUUUAGUAGCCUAGGGUCCGGGAAAAAUUGGGCCUUUUAUAAACGCCUUUCAUGCAAUUCUACAUCAUUUUACAUGGCAGAAUCUUUUUUAAUACCGCACAAAUGAUCAAAAUGGUACUUUGACACUGACAAAUUGAGAAUCUGAGAUCAAAAAAACGACCUUGACUUGAAUCCAUCAAUAGCCCAGGACUAGGUGUGUGGAGACACAUAUUGUAGGCUACAAUGAGGAGGAAAUUAGUCCUAAAAAUGCAUUCCAGUUUCACUGACUCACCCAAUGAUGCGCAGCUCACUCGCUGGUGAUGGCUGAUGCACUCGUGCCAAAAGCCUCUCUCUUUCUUGUUUUAUUUUGUAAAACAAUAUUUGGAAGUUGAUCAAAUAUUUUGGUAGCCUACAGCAUAGUCUUCUCUUUUCAGCAUGAGCCAUUUGCUUUCCAACCUGUGUUUUCCCUAAAUUGUAUUUGAAAUAUUUUCUGCAUGCUGUUUUUUCACUGACAGAUUUGCUGCGUGUUCUCGACUGUAGGGUAUUCAGUUGUUAUCUGGCUACAAUCCACAGCUAGGCUAUUUUUUUAAAUAAGCUCUUGAUCCUCUGAUCCGGCUCAAAUUAAGCACUGGUUAUAUUACAAAGUUUGUACAUGACAAUGCUAUUAACCCUGAAUGGAUUGUUCACUCUGAAAUCAAUUUGUCCUUCACAUUUAUACCUCAGAAGUGUCGAAGUUGAGCUGUGCUUUUAUUCCACUUGUAGAUGCUAUGAAGGCCUACUACUGAGACUAAAAGCUUGGCCCAUUACAUUACUGAAGUUUGCAUUGCUCCAAGUCUACAGUUACUAUUUUCUGCACUUUAUGACUCUUAAAUGACUUUAGAAUUAAUUGACUAUAGAGUAAGUCCAUGUAACCAAGGAGUUAGAUUGAAAAGAAAUUAGCGCUAACCGAAGUACGACGUUUCACUGUAAAAAGUUGAGCAGAUAGUAGUAAUGCACAUACUGAGUUCAAUUUGGUAAUAGUAAUUACUCUAGCAACUCACUUCCACCACCCAGGUGCCGACGGACUGAUGGGCGUUUACCUCUUCAUGAUUGGCGCCUACGACCUCAAGUUCCGCGGUGAGUACAACCGCCACGCCCAGGCCUGGAUGGACAGCGUCCAGUGUCAGGUGAUCGGCUCCCUCGCCAUGCUCUCCACUGAGGUUUCCGUCCUCCUUCUCACCUACCUCACCCUGGAGAAGUACAUCUGUAUCGUCUACCCCUUCCGGUAUUUAACCCCGGGCUGCCGGCGCACUGUCUCGAUCCUUCUGAGCAUCUGGUUUAUUGGCUUCAUCAUCGCCUUCCUCCCCCUGGUCUUCAAAGGAUUGUUUAGGAACUUCUAUGGUACCAACGGCGUGUGUUUUCCGUUACACUCGGAGCAGCCUGAGACAACGGGGGCGCAGGUGUACUCCAUCGUCAUCUUCCUGGGUGGGUGUCUUAUCUAAUUCAAUGUUACUGUCAAGGUCAAAUGAGUGUUGUCUAUUUCCAAUGUCAUUCUGAAAUGACAAUUGUUCCAAUGUCACUCUGAAAAGAGCAUUGUCUUUUUCAAUAUAGUUCCAAGUGCUGCUGUUAUUAGAUGUAGCCUACAUUUUAACGUCCUAAUCACGGGGCUCUCUUAUUACAUCAGAGGUUUGAGAAGCAUGCCAGUAGCCGGAGGGUUGCUGCCUGGUUCAACUCCCAAGCCUGACAACAAGGCUGCUGUUGUCAGAAUCCAAACUACCAUAUAAACUGAGUGUACAAAACAUUAGGAACACCUUCCUAAUAUUGAGUUGCACCCCCUUUUGCCCUCAGAACAGCCUCAAUUUGUCGGAGCAUCUACUACAAGGUGUUGAAAGCGUUUCACAGGGAUGGUGGCCCAUGUUGACUCCAAUGUGUCCCACAGUUGUGUCAAGUUGGCUGGAUGUCCUUUGGGUGGUGGACAAUUCUUGAAACACACAGGAAACUGUUGAGCGGGAAAAACCCAGCAGCGUUGCAGUUCUUGACACACUCAAACCGAUGCGCCUGGCACCUACUACCCAGAGGAAGCUGGUGUGAGGAGCUAUAGGAGGACGGGCUCAUUCCAAUGGCUGGAAUGGAAUAAAUGGAACGGAGUCAAACGUGGUUUCCAUAUGUUUGAUACCGUUCCAUUAAUUCCAUUCCAGCCAUUACAAUGAGCCUGUCCUCCUAUAGCUCCUCCCACCAAUCUCCUCUGCUACUACUAUACCCCGUCCAAAGGCACUUCAAUAUUUUGUCUUGCCCAUUCACCCUCUGAAUAGCACACAUACACAAUCCAUGUCUCAAUUGUCUCAAGGCUUAAAAGUCCUUCUUCAACCUGUCUCCUCCCCUUCAUCUACACGGAUUGAAGUGGAUUUAACAAGUGACAUCAAUAAGGGAUCAUAGUUUUCACCUGGAUUCACCUGAUCAGUCUGUCAUGAAGGAGCAGGUGUUCCUAAUGUUUUGUACACUCAGUGUAUACUUCCAUUGUGCCCUUGAGCGGUUUUCUUCAGGGUUUCUACACUGUGGGUGCUAGUGUUCCACUAUCAGCCUUUCAAUGAGGGUUUGGUUGAGAAGACAAAUGUCCAUUAUCGCAAAAUGUUUCAAAGUGUUUUUCUAUUAUCUAUUUUGUUAUCCGUUACAAAGGCAGUACCACAUUAGGCCCCUAAAACAAAUGCAUUGCUUUUGUCUCAUUAAAGUUGCCACACUGGCCUUUGUCCCAUGUGUGUACAACUGCAAUACUUGUUUGAAUUGUGCUGUAAAAGCAAUUUCAUGUUUUACUUUGUAUGAUAAUGGAUCUACCAUUGAAUAAGUUCCAAGGAGCUGAUUAAUUUAUUUUCCCUCAACAGGCCUGAACCUGGUUGCGUUCCUCAUAAUCAUAUUGUCCUACGGGAGUAUGUUCUACAACAUCCAGAGGACAGGGACACAGACGACAAAAUAUAGUAACCACAUCAAAAAGGAGGUGACCAUAGCCAAGAGGUUCUUUUCCAUCGUCAUCACAGACUCUCUUUGCUGGAUACCCAUCUUUGUCCUCAAGAUUCUAUCACUGUUGCAGGUGGAGAUUCCAGGUAGGAGUUUCAGUACUGUCAUAAUCUGACAAUUUGUAUAAUUUCAUACAUUUCAUUUGGAAACCCAGACAGGCUCAAUUUGUAGCCUAUUAAACGUAUGUAGGCUACUAUGCAGUGCCAUCUUACAUCAAAAUAUAAGUCCUUUUUAUUAAUUAAUUAUUAAUAUGCCAUUUAGCAGACGCUUUUAUCCAAAGCGACUUACAGUCAUGCGUGCAUACAUUUUUGUAUAUGGGUGGUCCCGGGGAUCGAACCCACUACCCUGGCGUUACAAGCGCCGUGCUCUACCAACUGAGCUACAGAGGACCACAUUUUUACAGAUAUUAUAUUUGCAUCAUUCAGAUUAGUUCCAUAAUCAAUCCUAUUUCCUGGUUGUAAAUUGAAUCCCAAACUUCCAGGCAGAUGGGUGUUUGCAUGUUUACAAAUGGACCAGCAUCACAGAACAUCCUCCAUCCAUCUACUUCUCUUUCAGCCCACCAACCCACGUCACAUCACCUCACCCCUACUUCCUAUGUAUGUACUGUAUACAGGAAUGGAACUUUUGAGCACUAGCCCGCCGAGUUACUAGAACAUGAUUUCAACUAGCCUGGGUAAAUUAGGGUGCACAUUUUAUGCCAUGCAAUAUUUGAAAAGACAACAUUUCACUGGCCUGACAGGCUAGUUUGGCACAUUUUCUACUAGCCUGGUCUGAAAAGUACUUGCGGGCUAGUUCUAGCUUAAUUUCCAUCCCUGACUGUAUGUUAUACAUAUCGUCUACAGGGAGAAUGGCAUUUUAAAAAACAUAUUUCCGUUGCUCAUAUAGUAAAUGGACAAUAAUGUAAUCUUCUCCUUCUUCCCGAAUAGGAACCAUCAGCUCAUGGGUGGUGAUCUUCAUUCUGCCCAUCAACAGCGCCCUCAACCCCAUACUGUACACCCUGACCACACGGCCAUUCAAAGAGACCAUCCUCCAGGUGUGGGCCAACUACAGGCAGAGGAGACCUCUGAUGAGCAACCACCCAGCCCAUCAACCCUCAUUCACGUUGCAGGAGAUGUGGCCUCUCCAAGAGAACAGCCAGACCCUGACUAAGCCCGGCGCCUACCUGGCGCGUCCCUCAAAAAUAUCCUGCACGUCUCAGCUACCGCCCGUGGAAAGUACAAACGGUGUA